GUGCUGCGGCGUUCCAGCCGUGUGCUCGUUCGCGGCCCACAGUUGACGGUAGAGUAAGGUACUGCGUACUCGGUCGCCGGAUAACAACUGAGCCUGGUCCUCACAGCUUCAGAAGUGGACCUGGAUGCGCAUGGGUUGCUGCCGCGGGCGUGGUUCAGUGGUGUUAACAGUCGGGUACGGUUGCGCACUCGCAGCCUGUAUAGGUAUGGUUGCUGCCAAUGUCACCCGUGGAUGGACCGCAAAAGGCACUGAUACUGGUUGUCUGAGGUGGGUGGUGUUCAGGGGUGGUUUCUCAAGGUGGUGCAGUGUCACGGUCACAGCUGCCGCGAAGUUGCGAGGUUCUCUUCUGUCCAAGCUCUUCAGUGCACCUCUGAUUCUCAGGACAGGGUAAGCAGCGUCCGCGUCAGCUCGCCUCUGAAGGUAUCUGGCCAGCUCUGCGGUGA